GGCGGCAGGCGGAAGAUGGCGGCGGCCGCGGCGGCGGCGCUGCGGGCCUGGUUCUGGAACGAGCGGUUCUGGCUCCCGCACAACGUGACGUGGGCGGACCUGGCCGGCGAACCGGGCCCGCCGGGUAGCGGGCUGCAGUACCCGCGGGCCGCUCACGUCCUCUCCGCCUUCCCGCUGGCGCUCGGCAUCUUCGCCGUGCGGCUGCUCUUCGAGAGGUUUAUUGCCAAGCCAUGUGCCAUAAAGCUUGGCAUUCAGGACAGUGGACCUCACAGAGCCCAGCCCAAUGCAAUUUUAGAGAAAGUGUUUACAUCCAUCACUAAGUCUCCAGAUGGAAAAAGGUUAGAAGGCUUGUCCAAGCAGCUGGACUGGGAUGUCCGAAAGAUCCAGCGCUGGUUUCGGCAUCGGAGGAACCAGGACAAACCCACCACCCUCACUAAAUUUUGUGAGAGCAUGUGGAGAUUUACAUUUUAUUUAAGUAUAUUUUUUUAUGGAAUCAGGUUUCUCUGGACGGCGCCCUGGUUUUGGGAUACACGACAGUGCUGGUACAACUACCCUUUCCAGCCUCUAACAUCCAGGCUUUAUUAUUACUAUAUCUUGGAGCUGGCCUUCUACUGGUCCCUCAUGUUUUCUCAGUUUACAGACAUUAAACGGAAGGACUUCCUGAUCAUGUUCGUCCAUCACUUGGCCACGAUCGGACUCAUCACAUUCUCGUACAUGAAUAACAUGGUGCGGGUUGGAACUCUGGUGCUGUGCCUCCACGAUGCUUCAGAUUUCCUCUUGGAGGCUGCAAAACUGGCCAAUUAUGCCAAGUACCAACGUCUGUGCGAUGCUUUCUUCAUGCUCUUUGGGGUCGUGUUCAUCGUGACCCGGCUGGGCAUCUACCCUUUCUGGAUUUUGAACACAACCCUGUUUGAAAGCUGGGAGCUGAUCGGUCCCUACCCUUCCUGGUGGCUGUUCAACGGGCUCCUGGUGACCUUGCAGGUGCUGCAUGUCAUCUGGUCUUACCUCAUCAUCCGCACGGCCUCCAAGGCCCUGGUGCGGGGCAAGAUUGGAGCUGGACAGUUUCACCCUGUGCAUGUAAGUGUGACCUGUGGUUCUGUUUGUUCACUGAAACACGUCUGUGUCGAGGCCAAGACAAAAGCAGAGCCCUGGUCUGGGGGCUUUAGUGCCUUCUCCUUCACUCCCUGGUCCUGACACAGUGCGAAAAUACUGGCUUUUUCCAAAGGCCAAAGCAGUGUCCUAGGGUCUGUUCUUACCUGCUGUCACCUGCCUGCACAACCUUCACUUUCUGCUUUUACACACCCACACACUCCAAUUUCUGACUUUGCUCCUCAUCAGCACCGCACUGAGGGGGAGAGGGCAGGAGGAAUUUACUCCUUUUUGUGAAAAGCAGCGAAACAGUCACUUCUCCCUCAAGAAUGGAAAAAAUGUCAAGGGAUUUCUGCUUCCUUCCAGUGACCCUUUGACCUUCCAAUAUAGCAGGAGAUGGGGGAAAGAUAGCAAAAGUUCUGGCAACAGGCAGAAGCCAGGACAUCCAAAAAGUUCCUGGAGAUCAUUAACUUCACCUGGCUUCCAGCCAGAUCUUCCGUGGAGUUCAACCACUUCCUGCUGCUGGAGAGCCCUAACCUUGACUCCAAGAGAGCAGAGUGAAAUCCUGGAAUCCUUGGAAAGCUGCAAGCCAGAGCACAUGGAGUUACUGAGGGCUGUUGGCUGCAGAGGGAGGGCAAUGAGGAGAGCGAGGAGCUGCCUUGGGCAGAGCAGGAGCCGCUCUCCAGGCCCAGCUCAUGCUGGGGAGGUUUGGCUCCGGCACCUGCCACCACCCAAGGUGUGUGUUUGCAGUUGGGGCCAGGUUCACGGGCUCUUCCCUUCCCCUUCUGGCUCUGCAGGGCUGCCCUGCUGUGGCACUUGGAGCAGCUGGCACCACACUCCUGGGAAAGUUCAAAAUCCCACUUGCAAGUCCAAUGGAGCUGGACUUGCAGCCAGUCUCUGAACUAAGGCACACUCUGUAAGCAGAUCUGGAUCCCUGGGCUGAGGCUCCUCCUGUUCUGAGCAGGUGUUUGCUGGAUCAGACACUGCCUUUGUUCUCCAUCCCCUGUCCAAACAGGGAUCUCCCAGAUGAAGCACAGGCUGUGGAAAUGCAGGUGCUUUGUUCGAGCAGUGAUGUGAUAAAUAAAAUAAAGCUGGUUAAUUUUUAAAAUAGCAAAGCUGCUCCCUGUAGGACGAAAUGUUCUCUCUCAAACUGAUGCAUUCCUGGUUUUUGGUUGUCAGACCCACUUGUGAUUGUGGCAUAAGAAAUUUUUGAUUCAAAACAAAUUGUUUAGAAAAAUGGCAUUUAGAUGAUUUAGAGAGGAGCUCUUGGAAGACAAGAACAACGCCAGUUCUGUAAUAUCAUCUGAUCUGGUGAGAACAAGGGUGAAGUGCUUUCACAGAUAUGCAGAAUAUUUGGAAAAUGGAGCUCAUCUUUCCAAGUUGUCUUUUUCAGUGUCUGUGUCUUGUUCCUAAUGUGAUGACAGGCUCCUUUUUGGGAGCUUGAAGUGAGCCAGACUCAAAUGUAGGAGGUAGAUAGGAGUGAAGGUAGUUCAUCACACGGAUGAACACAACCUUCUAACUGCUGAUUUCUGUCAAUUUUUCAACUCCCCUUCUCUCCCACUACCCAAUCCAUUGGC